CUCUCCUCCUACCAGUGCCACAGACCCGGAGCUGGAGCCGCCGCCGCAGCCACAGCCACGGACACUAUGGCUUCUGGAGUUACAGUGAAUGAUGAAGUCAUCAAAGUUUUUAAUGAUAUGAAAGUAAGAAAAUCUUCUACACAAGAGGAGAUCAAAAAAAGAAAGAAAGCCGUUCUCUUCUGUUUAAGCGAUGACAAAAGACAAAUAAUUGUAGAGGAAGCAAAGCAGAUCUUGGUGGGUGACAUUGGUGAUACUGUAGAGGACCCCUACACAUCUUUUGUGAAGUUGCUACCUCUGAAUGAUUGCCGAUAUGCUUUGUACGAUGCCACCUACGAAACAAAAGAGUCUAAGAAAGAAGACCUAGUAUUUAUAUUCUGGGGUCCUGAGAGUGCACCUUUAAAAAGCAAGAUGAUUUAUGCUAGCUCUAAAGAUGCCGUUAAAAAGAAAUUUACAGGUAUUAAACAUGAAUGGCAAGUAAAUGGCUUGGAUGAUAUAAAGGACCGUUCAACACUUGGAGAGAAAUUGGGAGGCAUAGUUUCACUUGAAGGAAAACCCUUAUAAAGUGCAAGUGCCAUC